CUGGAUGCUAGAUAGGCCCUCGGACGGUGUAUUCACUGCUGAUCUACGCGUUUGGCUCUGCUCUAUUUGACGUUUCUGACCUGUUGGUCUGUGCGGGGGUAUCGCUUGCGCUACCAUAUAGAUACUCUUAAGCUCGCUAUUUGUUUGGAUCAUCUGUAUCCAAGGUCGUUCGUUUCUGUUCCCGAUGCCUAUUACGUGCAGCGCCAGAUGAUUGUCUACUCUUGCGGCGCAUGAAUAGCCUCAACCUCCAGGCUAUCUUUGUUCACGAACCCUCUUACUGGAGACAAGCAGGAGCUGCUCAACCUGGCGACCCUAGUGACAUACACCAUGACGGCAACCGCGCCGCCGGCUGAUGAUGAUACCGAAAUGAGACCACCCCCAGAUAUGGUUGACAGCGAUCAGGAUGCGGAGGGAGAGGAGGAGACGGAUUUGUAUCAGAUGGAUCAACAACUCCAGGAUGCUGUACAUAGGGCAUAUUCGGGAGAGGUUGCAGAAGAAAGCAACAGUGCUAGCCGUGAGGACGAUAAAGAUGCGGAGGGGGAGCCGGAUUCUGAUUUGAACCCUAGCGGCGAAAAUGAUGAGACUGAACCGGUGGGAGCUGUGAAGUUACCGAAAGGGGAGCCUUCCUUGGAGAAUGAUGGUGCGGUCGACGCAGAGGAUGACGCAGCUUUUGAGAACCAAAGUGACAGCGACCAAGACGCAUCCGGCUCUAAUUCAAGCAGCCAAGAAUCCGAUGAGGAUGAUGAUGAGGAAUGGGAUGGUGAGAGUAAUGACCAUGACGAUGCAGAAGUGGAUAACAACACGGUGCGCGGUAACUGCAUAUUUUGUGGACAAGAUGAAGACCACGAUCCGAGCGAAGACUUUGAGGAAUAUCUGACAUGCACAGUUUGUGGCGAUCACUCUCAUCGGCAAUGUGCCCGCGAACAAAGUGCAUUAAGUGAUGCCGAAGAUGCCAACGCUUGGAGAUGUCCUACAUGCGUUCGGGAAAAGCUGGAACCAAACUCUGAGGGCAAUGGUUCAUCCCAUCGAAGGCUCGGCCCGAAGAAUAUGCGAAAAGAGCUCUUGCCAGCACAUACCGGAGAAGAGGGCUCUGGCUUCCAUUCGAUUUUCAAUACUGUGGAUAUUGAUGAUGACAACUUAUUGAACAGCUCGCGAUCGCUACGAAAAAGGAAAACUAUGUCAGCCGAUGUUCAGGAACAUACACCUGUGCUUCGGAAACGCCAGAGACAGACAUCAUUACGGUCCGAGCGGGCUGAGUCGAGAGACCCUUUGGGCGAUGCUUCAGACGCCCUGUCUCCGGUACGGACUCGUUCCCGCCGUGUGCGGGGAGGGGAAAAGGAAAACUGCCGCGUGGUAUUAAGGCAGUUCGGAAGGCUUGUGUUAGCAUUUCAACUUAACGAGACCAAGCUCUCUAAAAUCCUUAACUCUCGCAGCCGGUCACAGUACAGGGGUCGAAGAACCCCUAAGCCACCCCCAGUGGCACAUGAACCUCCAGCACAUUUUGCCCCUAUUAUCCCCGUGUCAUACAUGUCCCCUUUUUAUUCUUUCAACGAUCGCGAAAUGGACGAAUCUAAAUCCAAACCGUACGGUGGCAUUCUGUCAGAAGCGGACGCAGACACUACCAAGACUCUUCCGACGCAGCCUGACCGUGAGAGGUUCGAGGUAGCGCGACAAAAGGCUGAAGAAGAAUGGCAAAGACGAGUUAUGGAAGCCGAGAGCGGCGGAGAGCCUGUACAGCAUGCAGCACAAAAAGUCUCGGGUCCACCGUCCAGGAUAAAGUACAUCAACUUUGGUGGCUAUGAGAUUGAGACCUGGUACGCAGCGCCUUAUCCAGAAGAGUACAGCCGUAACCGCGUGCUAUAUAUCUGUGAGUUUUGCUUAAAAUACAUGAAUUCGGAUUAUGUCGCAUGGCGCCACAAACUUAAGUGUCCGGCAAAACAUCCGCCCGGAGAUGAAAUCUACCGCGACGGCUCGAUUUCGAUCUUUGAAGUCGACGGAAGAAAGAACCCGGUAUACUGCCAGAACCUCUGCUUGCUCGCAAAACUGUUUCUCGGGUCAAAGACUCUAUACUACGACGUCGAACCGUUUCUUUUCUACAUCAUGACCGAGUUCGACGACUUGGGCUGCCAUUUUGUUGGCUAUUUUAGCAAAGAAAAACGGCCCAGCUCCGCGAAUAACGUUUCUUGUAUCCUUACUCUGCCCAUACAUCAGCGAAAAGGCUACGGUAACCUUCUCAUUGACUUCUCAUACCUUCUCACGCGCAUCGAAGGGAAAACAGGGUCACCCGAGAAACCGCUUUCGGAUAUGGGUUUAGUAUCUUAUCGGAACUACUGGAGGCUCAUUCUGUCAUACCAGCUUCAUAAACAGAAGGCGCCCCUUAGUAUCGUGGAGCUUUCGGAGCGGACAGGCAUGACAGCAGACGACAUUGUUUCAGGGCUUGAAGCGUUGCGCGCACUUGUCAGAGAUCCAGUGACGAAAACUUAUGCAUUACGCCUUGAUUACAAAUACUUCGAAGAAUGCAUUCAGAGCUGGGAAAGUAAAGGCUAUGUUCAGCUUAAUCCCGAUGCUCUUGUGUGGACGCCCUACAUAAUGGGUCGAAGCAACCAGUCGCAGUUCGAUCGGGCUCCGUUACAUGCAGUUGCCCCACGGGAGGGCUUGGAAGAUGAGGAGGUCGAAGAUGUGAAAGAUUCUGGAAACGAGGAAGAGCAACAACUUUCAGAACAUCUGGGCAAAGUCAAUGGAGAUGAUAACCCUCAACCGACCAUUAAUGGUGUUACACAAUCUGUGUCCGAGGAACUUUCAGUGGAACCUGCCGGACCUCCUUCGACUGAACUCCUGACUAAUGGUACAGGCCUUCAUCAUCGCACACAACCGGCCGCAGACUCUAACCCCACAGAAGCAAACUCAGUCCAAGAUAUACCAGCUUGGCGAUUUGAGGUUUACCCUCCUGUUCAGGCGCCUGUUGUCAAACGACGCCCAGGUCGACCCUUUGGCAGCAAGACUACAUACAACAAAGUAUCCGUUACUCCGACAACUGCUCGCACUAGUGGUCGUAACACACCUAGAAGAUCAUCUGCACUAGUCUCUAUGACCCCUACUGCAAAUACAUCUAGCGUCCGGCGCGGCCGAAGUGCAAAGCUACUAGACUCUCCUGCAGUUGAAUCAACUAGUCCUGAGGCCAACGGUGUCGAAAAUGAUGACCAGCUGCCAGGUCAUGAGGAUACCAAGGGCGAGGAACAAGACCCAUCUCAGCCUGAAGGAUUAUCGGAGACAGAUGCCCAAAUUACCCCCACAGGAGAUUAUGACGCGCCGGGACAGCUUAAUGGUAUCAACGGGGUGGAAACCGUGGACACAGAGCUUCAUGUUACAGAAAAAGUGACGCCUACUAAUGAAGUAAGUGCUGAGAGUCCAGCCAAACUUACCAGAUCCAUGAACCGAAAGGCGGUGGUAGAAAAGUUCGAGUUCGUCAUUCCGGCAGAGGAUCCUGGUACUACGAACCAUAAUGCGGUGGUGGAUGGGCACACAGAUGGGCGUAACGGGGUGGAUAAAGAUGGUGAUGCGAUCAUGGAGACAUGAUUUUUGAACAAACCUGGAAGAAAGCCUUAAAUGGCGAAGCAUUUAAACGAGGCGUUAUCUUGUGGCUUUGCAGGGGAUUUUUGUUUUCAAUUUCUAUCCCUCGAAGGGAUAAGUUUCAUGACUUGGCACUUUAUCUUUCUGUUUGCGCUGUUUUUACAAAGCAAGGAGUGGGCGAGGAAUUUGGAGUUCUGGCUAUUAUUCGAUGCUCUGUUAUCACGAAUUGCGCUCCGAUUCUCCGACCCGUGGGUUACCUCAGCGAUUUUCUGCUUCCGUUGUCUUCGUUCUUGUCAUGAGUGAAAGUGGGGGUUUCCUGCUUUCCCUCCCCCCCUUCCCCUACGGUCUUGGUCUAGAGGACUUUGCUCUCUCUUUUCUCACUUUUCAAUUCUCCAUUUCACCUAAUGUAAUCCAGGACUGAAUUAUGGGGUCGGCGCAUACACGUCCCCGAUUGCGCACCAUUUGUAUUAAGCAUGACAAAUAUCCACUUUGCGAGCAUAGUAUAAGAGAGAGAGAACACAUGGAAGAGCCGCUUUCGUCAUCAUA